AUGUUCAGGCCGCUGUUCUCGGCUCCUCGCGCUGGAAGGCCCUCCAUCCGCCAUCUCGGCAACCACCCUUCCUCACCAUUCACACACCUCGACAGUCUACUCCGGUCCAAGCCUUCUCAAUCAACCAACGUCUCCCGAAAACUGCAUUCUGGCAGAACUCACUCCCACCCACGCAGCAGCACAAAGCCAAACUCCCGACAAUGGCGGUUCUGGAACAGCUCGAACAACAGCAGCACCCGCCGGCGUAGCUUCUUCUCCUCCGCCUUCGCGCCGCCCGUGAUUCCCGGCUCGGGCAAAACUGUCGCGGCAGCGGUCUCGGCCGUCGGACUCACGGGCUCGGUGUCGUAUUACUACGACGAGCUCGAGAGCAUGAUCUCGCACCUCUACAUCUCCUCCGAGCGCAGUACGCGCAUCGCUGUCGCGGCAGCGACCUGCUUCGACGACUACAGACGCGUGCUCGGCAAGACAUACGCGUCCGAGGACGAGCGCGCGGCCGCGCUUUCGGCGUGCCAUCAGCGGUGCGCGGACAGGACGUACAAAGUGCUCGAGGCCUGCGCGGGGAUCUACAUCAAGAUUGGCCAGCACCUGAGCGCAAUGACGUAUCUGCUGCCGCCGGAGUGGACGUCGACGUUUAUCCCGCUCCAGGACCGGUGCCCGGUGUCGUCGAUCGAGAGCAUCCGGGAGAUGUUUAGCAAAGACACCGGCCUUCAGAUCGAGGACGUGUUUUCGGAAUUCGACGAGACGCCGAUCGGAAUCGCGAGUCUGGCGCAGGUGCAUACCGCGACACUCAAAGAAACAGGCGAGCGCGUUGCCGUCAAGUUCCAGCACCCUGCGCUGGCGGAGUUUAUCCCGCUAGACCUCAAGCUCACCCAGCUUGUCUUCUCGGCUAUCGAUCGCUUCUUCCCAGAGUACCCCACAAUGUGGCUCUAUCAUGAGCUCGACCAGUCCAUCUUUGUCGAGCUCGAUUUCACGCAGGAGGCUAAGAACGCUGUGCGCACGCAAAAAUACUUUAAAAAGCUGAAAGGCGAGACUGCUAUGCGUGUUCCCAACAUUAUCUGGUCUAAGCCUCGUAUCCUAGUCAUGGAGUACGUCACAGGCGCGCGUCCCGACAACCUCGAAUACCUCGACAAACACAACAUCUCCCGCAACCAAGUCAGCAUCUGCCUCUCGCACAUCUUCAACACCAUGAUCUUCACCCCCGACGUGCGCAUCCACUGCGACCCCCACGGCGGCAACCUCGCCAUCCGCGCGCUACCCGAAUCCGAGCGGCCGCCAUGGUACUCCCUCCGCCGUUACCGCGAGCACAAUUUCGAAAUCGUGCUCUACGACCACGGCCUCUACCGCGACGUCCCGCUCGCCCUGCGCCGCAGUUAUUCCCGCUUCUGGCUCGCAGUCAUCGACUCCGACGUCGCGCGCAUGCGCCAGUACGCAAAGGAAUUCGCAGGCAUCACCGACGCGCAGUUCCCGCUCUUUGCCAGCGCAAUCACCGGCCGCGACUUCACCAGCGCGACAACAUCAAUCAUGAGCCGUCGCAGCCGCGAGGAAAUGCAGCGCAUGGCGUUGGCGAUCCAGGGCGGUUUGCUCCCGAACCUGAUUCAGUUGCUCGCUGGCGUACCGUCGAUCGUCUUGCUUAUUCUCAAGACGAACGAUCUCACGCGGGCGCUGGACGAGGGGCUGCAUACCUCGCUUGGCCCGGAGCGGACGUUCCUUAUCAUGGCCAGCUACUGCGCGAGAACCGUACUCGACGAGGAAAAGGAAAAGAUCUCUGAAUUGAAAGUUGCGGCUCCUGUGAGGUUCACAAAGUUGAUUGGAGCCUACGCUCGCUUCUACAGACGGCAGUUCAAAGUCCAGUUCUACGACAUCGCGCUCUGGUUUUCGGGGAUAUUUAAUUUAUAG